AUGCUAGCAAGUUUACAUGGAUAUGACGCCGUCGUACGUGUCUUACUUGCUCAUUGUUCUGCUGAUAUCAAUCAAACUGAACUUAAAGGACGUGUACAUAGCAUCAAUGGAGAUUUAGUACAUAACGCAACGGCUCUAUGGUGCGCACUUGAUCGAGCUCACUAUGUUGUAGCAAAAAGUUUGCUUGAUCUAGGUAAAGCUAACGUGAAUAACGGUCCAUGUCAUCCACUUUUAAUUGAUGCUAUCAUCAGAGAACGAUUCGACAUCGUUUGCUUCUUGGUUGAAAAUAGUUAUGCUGAUGUUAAUGAAACAGUCACCAAUAAUCAGAGCAAAUGUAGCAGUCUUAUGGUAGCCGCCGCCAAAGGCAAUACACAGAUCAUGACCUAUCUCAUAGAAAAAGGCGCUAAACUUGAUUAUAGAACUUGUAUUCAUGAAAACACACCACUUGCUGUUGCCGUUAUAGAAGGUCAUCUAGCACCAGUAAGAUUACUAUGUUUAGCGGGUGCCUCUUCUAGUGUAAGAAAUCGUUAUGGAAAGACUCCAUUGAUACUAGCAGCUGAGAAUCAUCGACUAGAUGUAGUUGAGUUUUUACUCGAAUAUAAUCACGAUGAAACAACCUUCGAUGAGCUUGAACUACUUGCUUCUUCCUACAUGGUCUCCAAUAGUGGUGAUGAACGUCAGCAAUCUGAAUGGAUGAUAGGCCUUUUGCGACGAUCAAUAGAAAGACGUGUGCUACUCAAUAUACCAAAAAAAGUUACUCAGCCUAUUGCUGCUUAUGACUUUCAUAGAGAAUGCCAGUCUCUCGAUGAUCUGGACAAGAUCGGACACGACAACAAUCGUCUAUAUAUUGAGGCAUUACUUAUUCGUGAACGUAUUCUUAUACCUGAAAAAAAUGAAUUAUUAUUUCCAAAUCUAUCUACUACGAGACUUCUUCUUACGUACGGGAAACAAUGGAUUGAUUUGGAUGCUAUCAAUACAAUAGGAUGUGAUACUGCCCUACACGUGAUUUCUCGUUGUUCGAAACGAGAUACCAAUACAAAUCCGGUAGCGAUUGUCGAACUACUAAUCAAUGCAGGAGCUCAUGUUGAUUGCGUUAAUCAAUAUGGUGAGACACCACUCUCUGUAGCUAUCCGAAAUGAAAUCAAAGACUUUUUACGACUGAAACAAAUUCCAUCAUCAUUGAAAUGUCUUUGUGCACGUUUGAUUGCUAAACAUCAACUAGCCUAUGAAUGCUUAUGGCCGACACAAACACCAUUGAAUACUUUCGUUCUGUUACAUGGUGGUUUGGGACGUGAGCAUUCAUGUUCAGAAAGCGAUUCAGUGUCAGAAAUUGAUUAG